CUCCCUCCUUACAAAAACCAUCCGCAGUCAGUCUGUCACACAGACCAUACGCCCGUCAAGUCUACGGACCGUCAACGUCAGCCAGGCGGAUUUGGUGCGCACACCUCGGCUUGGAUAUACAGGGACCCACCGAUGGAAUUCGGUGUUAUCGAUAUUUUUUUUAUCAACUCACACAUUUUUCAUUAGAGAAGGUGCGAAUUCCACGUACCUAGGAUUCAGAAAUGUAUUUUCUUCAAGAUAAUAUAUUUAAAAUUGGAUUAAUCAAGGAGAAAUGAAAGUUGAAUAGGUUAAACUAACAAAAGAGGAUACGAAUUCAUCAUUACGCAAUUUGGCAAGUUGUCUUUGGAUAAAGCCUUGCUGAUUUAAUCAGUGUGAACUGAAAGGAAAUAAAGUCAUUUGCCAAAAAUAAAAAUGCAUUUUGGAGUCCAUCACAUCCAGCUCACACUGCUAUUGUCUGCAGCCGUGGCAUCGGUCCAGGUCCCAGAGCCCUACAUCAGCCUGUCUAAUGAGAGAACUUCGAUUGAGAGGACGUAUGAGCUGACCAAGUACCUGGAGCAUCAGCUGAGAGAGAUAAAGGACACCUAUCUAUCCUACCUGGGCCCUCCGUUCAGUGAUCCAGACUUCUCCCCUCCACGUCCCAACAGCACAACCCUGUCCCUGCCCAGCGCCGCCACCCGUCUGGAGCUGUGGCGGGGAUUGGAGAACCGUGCCAGGCUGACCCAGAACCAUAGGGCUUACUCUGUCCUGCUGGGAGCGGUGAGGGAGUUGGCCCGCUCCACCCUCUGUCCCUACCUCCAGAGCUCCCUGCUGCACUUCUCUACAGGCCUGGACAGUCUGUUGGGGUCUAUAUCAAGCCUCAUGAACACUCAGGGGUAUGCCCUGCCUCCUGCUGGGAUCGAGGCGCAGUACCCGCAGAGAGACACGGGGGGCGACAGAGAGGCAAUGGGGCGCAGACCAUCUCCACUGAUGAGUCGGGGUCUCUAUAAGGCAGGGGUGGGGGCGGAGGUGGGGCUAAUGACGCAUCCUCUUGGUGAUCAGAGGGGUACUGGGACCACCAGAGGGGCAGUGAGAGGAGAAAAGGAGGAGAGCACCAGGAGAGAAAUGACAGAGAGAAAGAGGGAGAGAGAGAAAGAUAGAGGGAGGGGGAGGGAGGGUAGGAGAGCGGAGGUAACUAGGGCUGUGGUUAGGAGCGUGGGGUCGAGGCAGGAGGAGAGAGGGGAGCGCGGGAGGAAAGGGAGGAAGAGAGAGGCAGAAGAUUGGGAGGGGGCCACUGAAGACAGGGAAGAGGAGGAAGAGUUGGAGAGAAAGGGAGGGAAGGACAGAAGGGGGAGGAGGCUGCUGAGUGUUUCAGAGGAAGGAGAGAGAACAGUUAAGCAGGGUCCACUGGACUCUGACGCCAGAGUCAUUCUGUCCUUUUCAGACAGACAAACCUUCCCCCAACAACAACUCCUAAACAACAAUAACAACAACAACAACAACCUCUACAGCUACAACUUCAACUAUCACCCCCAAAAUAAGGACAGAGCCGGGGGGGAUUCAGAAAACAGGGCGACAGAGGAGGAACAAUACAUCAUCCGAGAGUCUGCAUCCCUCCUCUCCUCUUCUUCAUCCUUCCAUCCCCAGCGCCGAUCCCCUCGCUCCUUAUUCUCCCCCUCUCUCCACCCCCCCCUCUCACCCCUCUCCCUCUUCUACCCGUUUGGCACAGGGCCAGGGGAGGGACACACCCUGUUGUCAGAACCAGUUCCCCUGUCAUUGAGGAGGGGCACCCCCUUGCUGCCGCCCCCUCCCCUGCCACCUCUUCUGUCCUCCUCCCCACUGCUGGCGGUGCACCCGGCGCUGAACGACUUCUCCAGAAAGGUUGAGGGCUUCUGGGUACUGAGGGAACUGCAGAGCUGGCUAUGGCGCUCCGCCAAGGACUUCAACCGCCUCAAGAAGAGACUCCGAGUCUGACAGACUGAUAGAGGAGGGAGGACACACACUGUCUCUCUCUCUCUCUCACACACACACACACACAGUCUGAGAAACUGAGAGAACACACACAGAGACAUACUCACACAUAGAACCUGAGAGUGGGCACAAACACACACACAUUUUCACACAGACAGUGUUGGAAUACCUACCUAGCGCUGAACCACAGAAAAGUGGCUUUCUGGCCUGCCAUCAGCCUGAGCACACAUUGGCACAUCUGGGGAUGGGAAAUAAUCAAUUGUCUGUCUCUCAGUCUGUGGACAAUAUCAGCACUGUCACCAAUGACAUGACAUCAUGACCUAGCAGGUCAUUGAUCUGCCGUUGGAACUUAUUUACUGGUUGUAACGCCUCACAUACUGGACAUAAAGGUGGUGAUCAAGCAGAUAGACAGUCAUGUCAUUGACUGAGAGCUGAUUCAGAACAGCAGUGAAUCACUAGACAUUCAUCUUCGCCUAGGGAGGAAGAGAGAGUUAUGAAUGGAGAGAGACAGAGGGAAGAAGAGGAAGGAGAAAUGGCAGGAUGGAGAGAGGGUAGAAAGAGAGUGAGUGGGAGAAAGGGGGUGUCUGAGUCAGGGGCUGACAGUUGGAGUCUGGGCGGUGGGGGUUGCUGAGUAAUCAGAAAUCUGCAGACACUUACAGUAAACACUGCAUAGACACCCACCGGACACACACAGUACAGACCCAUUUCCAGGCGUACCAGUCAUUUGUGAUUUGGCCAACUGUUUUUACAGUGAGUUGUUGACACUUUUAGCUUUGGAAUGGGCAUCUCAGCUUUUCCCUCCGCUUGUUUCAUCCAAAUGCAACACAAAAGCCCCUAAGCUUGGCAUAGUGGGGUUUUCUAUCAACUGCCUUGUGUCAUUACACAAGGACCUGUACAGUAAUGUCCAACAGUGUGUAUGUAUAGAGUUUAAGAUUAGAUUAUAGCUGUGAUAUUUAUUGAACAAGAUGUUGUAUUUAUUUUCUCGUGUGAAUACUGUCCUACGUCAUGUUGGAGAUGGAAGAGAAUCAAAUAUGAGUUGUUGUACUGAGAUGAAUGCUAUUGGUCAUUUAGGGAGGGGUGUUUGGGGAGUGAGGUUGUUUUUGAACGUUAUGGCUUUGACUGUGUUGGUUUGGGUGAGGGGUACAACUGAAAGAUGUGGAAGGGGGUGCGUUUCCCAAAACAAAGAGCGACUCACAUUCAUCACAAACAAGAGGGGAAUGAAAGUUUUAUUUGUCUGUCUUGACAAAAUUUACGAUGUCUCUUUUCCUUUCAUCUCUCCCCUUCCCCCCCAUCCCUCACUACUCCCUUUCUGUUCUCCAUCCUAUUAUCUCACGCAUCUCGCCUUCCCAAAAAUAUCCCUCGAACCUGCCUCGUAACAGACAGAGCUUGGGAGCGUAAACACACAGGUACAAACACAACCCGUAAACACGUCCACCUUCACCCCCUCUGUUUCUUUCCGUUGCUCUCUCUCUCUUUAACUCUCUCUUCCAUUUCCCUCACACAGUUUCUCACUCUCUAUCUCC